AUUCAAACAAUAAAUAAUAGAUUUUGCUGUGCAGUGCAUACAGACAACUCUGCUGUGGUCCCUUAAGCUUGCAUGUCACCAAUUCCAGGCUCUGAGCAGCCCAGUGGGGAGCACUGUUUGCAGGAGUUGUCCAUGUGGAACAGGACAGUCAUAUGCAUAAGACGUAGGUGAUCUGUAGGGUCGGGCUCAGCCUUCCCUCCUUUUCAACAUUCAGGACCUAAUUAUCAAGAACCUGUAGAGUGGUGGGGUCCAACUGCUACACCCAACAGCAACAAUGAACAUGGAGCAGUCUGAAAUACUGAGAACGCCAUGGACUGGACUGAACAGGAAGAGUCUUAGCAACAAAAAGCCAACCUCAUCUCAGGCAAAGUUUCUGCCCUUUGUAACCAGUGAACGGAGUGUUAGCUGUGAAAAUACUGACCCGAUGUGACUGUGGUUCUUCGUACCACUGAUCCCAGUGGUAGCAGAAUGUCCCAUUACGGCAUCAUUUAGCCAUCAUGAAUGGAUACAGCUGUCUAAAGAUGAGUACCAUGGACAACCGGAGGAAGCAGAAGGAAACUUCCAUCAGUGAUUUUUCAUGCCCUGGUGGCAGCUGCCGUAAGGCUGUGGCAGUUGUAUAGUUUCCUCGUUCCACCAAGUGAGAAGAGUGAUGACCAUCCUUUUCCUUACUAUGGUUAUCUCAUACUUCAGUUGCAUGAAAGCUGCCCCAAUGAAAGAAGCUGGUCUAAGAGGACAAGGCAGCUUGGCUUACCCAGGUCUUCGGACCCACGGGACUCUUGAGAGCCUAAAUGGGCCCAGUGCUGGUUCAAGAGGACUGACAUCGCUGGCAGACACUUUUGAACAUGUCAUAGAGGAGCUUCUAGAUGAGGACCAGGACAUCCAGCCCAGUGAGGAGAACAAGGAUGCAGACUUGUACACAUCCCGAGUCAUGCUAAGCAGUCAAGUGCCUUUGGAACCCCCACUGCUCUUUCUGCUUGAGGAGUACAAAAACUACUUGGAUGCUGCAAACAUGUCCAUGAGGGUCCGGCGCCACUCCGAUCCAGCUCGCCGUGGGGAACUGAGUGUGUGUGACAGCACGAGCGAGUGGGUGACAGCAGCAGAGAAAAAGACUGCAGUGGACAUGUCCGGGGCCACCGUCACAGUCCUGGAAAAAGUCCCAGUACCCAAAGGCCAACUGAAGCAAUACUUCUAUGAGACCAAAUGCAACCCUAAGGGGUACACAAAGGAGGGCUGCAGGGGCAUAGACAAGAGGCACUGGAACUCCCAGUGCCGAACUACCCAGUCUUACGUGAGAGCUCUCACCAUGGAUAAUAAAAAGAGAGUUGGCUGGCGCUUCAUAAGGAUAGACACUUCUUGUGUAUGUACAUUAACCAUUAAAAGGGGAAGAUAGUGGGUUCGUGUUGUAUAGAUUAUAUUGAGACAAAAUUAUCUAUUUGUAUAUAUACAUAACAGGGUAAAUUAUUCGGUAAAAAAAUAAUUUUAUGGACUGCAUGUAUGAUGGAAGUUUAUACAGUACAGUGGUUACACAAUCUAUUUAUUGAACAUAUCCAUGACCUGAAGGGGAACAAAAAGUCAUUUGCGCACAAGUUAAAAAAAAAAAAAAAAAAAAAAACCCAGAAAAAAAAACAAAAAAACAAACAAAAAAAAGAAAAUCAAGCAAAAGAAAAAGUCUGCAUUACAUUCCUCGAUAACAUUGUGGUUUGUCGCCGUUGCCAAGAAUUGAAAAUAUAAAAAUUAAAAAAAAAAAUAAUAAAAUUGCAUGCUGCUUCAAUUGUGAAUUAAUGAUAAACUGUCCUCUUUCAGAAAAAUAAAUUGAACCAAAACAUUCUGUUUACAUUUUAGACAGUAAUUAUCUUUAUUCCUGUUAGUAUAUAUGUUUACUGCUUCUAACUUCUGAUAGCGUUGGAAUUAAAACAAUGUCAAGGUGCUGUUGUCAUAGUUUUACUGUUUCUGUUUUACUUUUGAACUCCCAUCAGAUUUAAAAAGGAAAAAAAAAUCAUUACCUUAUUCUGGAUUAAAAACAAAUUUGUUUUUUGUAUGUUGUGAAGGUGUUUGCAAUAGCAAUCCAACUACUGACAAAAAAUAAUAAAAAGAGGCAACUGAAAAAGAAUGGUGAUGUUCCACUUCACAUUGUUGAACUUCAGGCUUAAAGACAGCACUUAUUUAAUUGUAUGGUAACACGCUUUCUUGGUGGGGUUUUUUUGUUGUUUGUUUGUUUGUUUUUUUGUUGUUUUUUUGUUCUUUUUUUUUUUAAUUUGCAGUCUUUUGAGACCUGCAUUUGCUUAUACUAUGUUUGUUUGUGUUUGGUAUUUUUUCUUUCCCCUUUCCUCCCUCUGGAGGGACAUUGGUUGUGAUCUUUAAAGUAUUUCAGUUACCAUAGGACUGGAGCUUAUCAUAUAGAGAAUAUUCUAUAGAGUGUUGAGAGCAAUGAUUUUCGUGUAAUAAAAGACUGUGCUUGGAUCAAAUGUCUUGGUGAAGCACUAGAAAAAGAGUCUAGGAAGGUGAUGGUGGAUCUGAAAUCAAGUUGGUUAUGGGACUUAAUAGCUCAGCCAGUUUGGGGACAGAUAACAGUGGUUUGGGGUGAGCGAGGCCGUCCCACUUGCAGUCACUGCUGGGUGUGGUCCCGUGCAUUCCCUGGGAGAGCAAGAGCUUGGCCCUGUACGUGGAUGCCCUCACCCUCCAUCCACAGCAUGCCAGCAGCCCCAGGCCUGUAAAGCUGGUGGGCAAACUCUGGUGGAAUCUCUGCCUGUAGGAGCCCAGGGAAGGAGCUGGGGAAUGAGGCAGAAAGGAGCCCUGCCUCUGGUAGAGAGCAAUUACUGCUGAGUUUGUGCGGCUCUACCUCUGCCGUCAGCGUUAGUUUGUGAAACAAAUACUGUCGUUAAAAAAAUACUCUCAAAGUAAGUGAAGAGCAAGUGCUGGAGGAGUUGGCUUAACUUGCUUAGGUUCUGAGAGACAUGUUUAGCUCUACGGUCCCCCUCUCACUAUCCUGACAGAAGUAUUGCUGAGAAGGGUGUGAGGCUGAGAGCUGUGCUGAGCUCUUGCACUGACUGCCGUGGGCUGAGAGCAGAAAUAGCUCGUUAGUGAGCUCACUGAAGGCUGAUGCUGUAUUUGUAAUUCCUGUAGAUGAGGAAAAAUAGCUGAACAAAGAGGAAUGUGCUGCAAAAUAUAUCUGCUCCUGAAGGCUGCAGAAUCCGCGUUAAUUAAAACCCGGACCAGGCAAAGUUUAUUGAAAUAUGAUCCCCCCCAUCAUGCUCUUUGAAGAGCAUAUUUAGCACUGAAUUUAUGUCAUUACUGGUAGAAACCCACGCUGGAAGCUAACAGGCACCCUCAAAUCAGUAAUUUUUUUUUCUACUGGGGGUAGAAGGGCAUCCCCUUCCUGAGGGUAACUCUGUCAAAGUGCUGCCUUUUGCAUUGGUCAUGUGCCUGCUGGACUGUGAGUGAGAAGAGAGGUUUGUGUGACCCACUUGAACGUCAAACUUCAGCCUUCCCCAUCCAUUGCUGAUAUUCAGGUUCCCACACAGAAAUCAGAAUUG